AUGCAUCACAAGCUGAAACCAGCCGGCUACCCGCUUCGGAACAUCUUCAACGGCGCCUCAAGCAGCCUGCUACUGAUGCUCGUCUCCGCAGUGUUGAUCUCUUCAGUUGUCGCCACGUCGCUUCGCAAGAGCAGCAACUAUGCGCGACUCGCUGGCAUCGACCGUCACCGCAGAGAUGGCGAUAAAAGGUGCCCGAACGAUCGUCCGUUUGUAUGCUAUGUCUUCGACGAGCUCCACCAGGAAUAUCCGGCAUGGCUAAAGCAACGUGGUGAUGACAGUGACGAGGACCAGUUGAAGGUAAUCUGUAACCUU